AUGCUCUCCCAGUGGAUCGGUGUUGAUGACUGGUUCACUGAGCCCCCUGCGCCAGGAGCAACCGGCGAACCAGAGAAACAGGGCUUGAAGGUGUCCAAGAAUACCCAGGGCAAGAUCGAAAUAGCUCUAAGCAAGUGGUUCCGUCAGCAGAUAUCGUCAAUCUUCAAGGACGUUGCGAAGGAGAUCUCCUGUCCCCUCAAGCUCCGCCGACAAGCGCCGGAUGUAGGGGUUUGCAGGCAGCGGCAAAUCACAAGAGUUGCCCAGCGGCUGGGUCAAAACGAACGACUGAUGCAAGAGUUACGGCAAGGCAGCCAGCAGCUGGUCAGAGUAGGAGGCAUCAACACAGCUGAGCUGGCCGCUCAGGGCAACGUGGCCGCGGUUGCCAACGUAGAGGUGAUCAGAGAUAUUCUGGCGGUUAUGGGCCUUGAAGUGAACUCGGAUACGGUCAUCAUGGGAGGGCUAGGCGCGAUCGUUCUCGGAGCCUUUUUCUAUGCGUUGGACUCGGAUGCCCCCUACAAGGCCGAAGUGCCCGAUCCUAAGACGGUUCCCAAGGCCAAGUUCCAACAGCCAAGCCAGGAGACGAGCACUUGCCCGAAAGAUUCCGAAGAUUGGCCUGACUGUGAUCAUCCGCUGUGUGUGGGAUCCAACGAAUCGAAGCUCAAGUGCACCAAGGAUGGCGAGUUCAAGGACUGUGACUGCUGGCCAAGUGCCACGAUCAUCUCGAGAAUAGGGCUGGAUGAAAUGUUUGAAAUCGAAAAAAUCAUCAUGGAGUUUGACCUCAGAAGCCAGGGGUCGACCGUGCCUAUAGACCCCACGCUCAGUUGCUCCAAGAACAAACCUGCCGGUCUGCCCUGGAAGAUCUUCGCGGGCAGUGAGCACAGCGUCACCGGGCAGUUCUGUCAGGAGGUCGAGAAGAGCCGUAAAACCAAACUAUCGUGGAUCGUUGACGUCGAGGGGAACAAGCAGUCCAACAAGCCACUCAUGCGUCGGGUCCCACCCGUGAAGCCGGACACGUACAAGGACUACAUGGUCCAGCUGGAGUGGUCACCAAAGGACGGGUCCCUGGGGUGCACGAAGACAUGCACUGAUGCAUACAAGUGGAUCGCCAUGGGUGAAUGUGGCAACUACGGUCGUCAGCGCAACGAGAUGGUCAUGGAGGGCUCCUGGAUGGAUGGUUGUGGCACGUAUGCAUGGACAAUCAUCCCGCCUAAGCCGGUACCAAAGAAGGAAACGAGGUCGAAGACAAAAGGGCCAUUGAAAUGCUAUGCCGAAUCCGACUUUCCAGGCCACAAGAAGGUUUCCCAGGGCGACAAGGGCCUCAAAGAAGCGGUAGAUUGGGCAUGCGAUAGGCUGAAUGAGCUCCAAGAGAUCCGGCCGGGACAGAAGUGGGAUAAUUCGGCGCACAAAGGUGGCAAGUCGCCGUACAAGCUUUCUGUCGAGUGGCCCGAAAAUUGUGUCGUGGGCGGCCUCGCGGAGCAGAGGUUGAGCCCGACUGCUCCGUUGAUGGACUGGCAUCCGUUCUACCUCACGGGGAAUCUGGCAUGGUGCAAAUAUUCAGUGUGGCUUAAUGUUCCAAACGACUCCCUCAACAACAUACAACGUGGUUUCGCGUAG